AUUCCUCCUCUCCACCACCAAAGAAACCCCAACCCUAGUCAUCGUUGUUUCUUUAGAUUCGAGCUACCACCGCCAAACCAGUCGGAAAACCGCAUCACCAACACCGGCGCCGCCCUCUCGCCUCCUUCUAAUGCGAUCGUCACCCUACAUGAAGAAAUUCAUGAGUUGCUUCUGAUUUUUGCUGAAGCUGGGGAAAAUGUUGUGAGAGUAAAAGGCGGUGAUCCGUUGGUAUUUGGAUGGGGUGGAGAAGAGAUGGAUUUUCUUCAACAAAAGGGAAUUCAAGUUAAAGUUAUUCCAGGCAUUACUGCAGCAUCUGGGAUAUCGGCAGAUUUGAGAAUUCCACUAACCCAUCGUGGUGUUGCAAAUAGUGUUAGAUUUCUCACUGGUCACUCGAGGAAAUGAGGAAGACCUACUUUUGUUGCAGAAAAUGUAGCUGACCCUGACUCUACAUUAGUUGUUUAUAUGGGCUUGUCAACUGUUCCUUCCCUGGCCUCAAAGCUCAUACAUCACAGGUUGCCAGCUGAUACACCAGUUGUUGCCGUUGAGCGAGGAAUAACACCUCAACAACGCAUGCCUUGCAUGUCUAGCAGUAAGAUCUGCUCUACUGGUCAAGCAAGGGUAACAAGAUCAGUUGACAUAACUGGUAACAUAGGUUAUACACCAACUUCUACCAGUAAGCUGAAAUGGAAUGGCAAAGAAGCAAUAUCAACAAAAAAACUACAAGAGAUUAAAGAGAAGAAAAGAAAAAAGAAUGUGGGAAGCAGUUCAAAUAAUCCAAUUUAAAAAAUACUUCUUCAAAGUCCAAGAUUCCCUGGAAAUCGUAGUGAUGUUGAUUAUUUUAUGCACUUUUUUAAGUUAGAUCAGUUGACAUGAAAACAAUUUUAUUUUUGUGUUGGAAAACAAGUAAAGCGAUGUAUAUAUAUUUUGUUAAUGAAUGUUGCCUAAUGGUUGGUAUAAAUGAUUAUGUUGUGUCUAAUGGUUGAUAUGA